UGCUACAAUUUAUAUAAAUAAACAUUCAAAGUGUAUUGCUAACGUUUCAAAUUACGACACGCUUACGUCCAUUUUUGUUUGCUUUCGUAUUGUGGACGUUGCAAAACGAAUUACACGAAAAAAUUUAAGUGGUCAAAUGGCUGGCUCGGCGCUGCGUCGUCUAAUGGCGGAGUAUAAACAGUUGACACUGGAUCCACCAGAGGGCAUUGUGGCUGGCCCCAUCAGUGAGGAUAAUUUCUUUGAAUGGGAAGCGCUUAUCGCUGGACCCGAGGGCACCUGUUUUGAAGGUGGCGUAUUUCCAGCACGCCUCGUCUUUCCACCUGACUACCCCUUAAGUCCGCCAAAAAUGAAGUUCAUUUGUGAUAUGUUUCAUCCGAACAUUUUUGCUGAUGGACGCGUUUGCAUAUCAAUAUUACAUGCACCAGGAGAUGAUCCCAUGGGCUAUGAACUAUCGGCAGAACGUUGGAGUCCCGUACAAAGCGUUGAAAAGAUUUUGCUGAGCGUUGUAAGCAUGUUAGCAGAACCCAAUGACGAAUCUGGCGCUAAUGUAGACGCUGCAAUAAUGUGGCGUGAACGAAGGGAGGAAUUCAAUCAGAUCGCCCGACGUUUAGUACGCAAAACACUCGGGUUACCAACAUAAGUGCGAAUGAGAAACUUAUAUCCACAGUUAUCAACAACAAAACCAACAACCUACUAGCCUGGUCCCCCGGAACGCUACGUCAUUUGUGUUCGACAAUGUCGUGUAUUAAUUAUAAAUCUUAAUUCAGCUAUCAAGUCCACUCUGAGAACAUUACAAACAGCUCGUUAAAAUUAUCCUAGCGGCCGAAUAUUGUUCACUUAUAUACUUUACAUAAUUUUUUUUAUUUUUUUUGUUUUAUAAUUUGUUUAAAACAUUUUCUCUUUGUUAUUUUCAAGGUCCAGCUUAUAUUGAAUUCUUUACACAUUGAUAUCAAUUAUUUAUAUAACCGGAAACUUUCCCUAUUUGAACACUGUUACGUCUUGUUAUUUGUAAAAGUUAUAUGCGAAGUUAGUCGAUAUGCUUAGCAAUAAACUCUAAGUUCAAAGUUAAGCAAUUUAUCCGUGCAAUACUCAAAUCAAGACUCUAGAGGCAGAGAAAUUCGCUCAAGUUGGUUUGCCAAUAACGUACAUAACUUUUAAGCCAAUAACAAUAAAAAAAAGACACUGGGAUGAACGUAAUAA